GAAGUUGAUGUUGACGAUGUGGCUUUUGUGCAACAGAGUAUCAGAAAUUUACCGAAUAUACCAUCACUGUCUUUCUUGCGACAAGAGAUUUUGGCUGAACCAAAGAACUACUUUCAGAUAGUGAAUACCAUAUUACUACACAAAAGGUUCAUGAAGCAGACGGACAAGAGAGAUGCUAUUUAUAACUUCCCAGGAUUCUGUACAGGAUGUAGAAGGGCAGGACUGUGUUAUGGAUGUGAACAAAGCUCUAUGCCACAUUACCAUGCCGACAAGAUGAUGAAAACAGGAGGAGGUUUUACAUACUACAAGAAAUACAAACCUGAACAUCAAAUUCCAGGAAGACAUCCACUCAACUGGAAAAUACAGUUUCCUGAACUGGCCCUUAAAUCAGUAAUGGAAGACCAUGAUAAAGAAGACCUAGGGUUACUAGGAGAAGAUGUUGAACAUGAUGAGAACUGUUUGUUAAAGGCUAUGUUAGAAAACAAUGUAUCACUGCCUCAAAUUAAUAAAGAUAGUUUGAUGACAGCAGGGUCCUCCACCAGUAGGGAGAGUGAAGAAAAGAAUGAGGAUGAAGGAAUUGUUGCUGAUGGAAGAAGUUUGGAUGAAAAAUUGUCCAAAAAAGAUCGUAGAUCAGCUAGAAUGUCUGGAACUUCAGGUCAAGGGUCAGAUCAGUCUGGUGAAGGUUCCUAUGGUUAUGAUAAUUCUCAAAAUGGUUAUGUACAAGUGGUUCCACAUCCACGUAUUGUGGAUUUACGUCAGCAGGAAAAUGAUGAGGAUCAGCUUAGUUUGGAUGAAAAUUUUAUCAAAGAAAGUAUGGACAGAGCUUCAAAUGGGACUAGAGAAAAUGAGGAACAGUCCAGGAAUGAGGAUACAGAGGGAGAAGGAAUGGAUACCGAUAAUGGUGAAGAAUAUGAUGAAAAUCAGGAAAUGUAUAGUGAGGAUGAAGACAGGAAUGGUGACCAUGAUUCCAGAUCUAGAAGUAGGACUAGGUCAAAUAAGAGUUCAGACAAACAUGGAAGACAAAUACUUACUGGUAGUACCAGAAAUAAAGAUGAUUAUAAGGAUGGUGAUGGUAGUGUGGUUACCAAAAGCUCAAGUCCAAGCUCAAGGAAAUAUAAUCGACUUUAUCAAGGUAAAGCUUAUUCUCCCGAAGGGUCGGGUAGCCCUACAUCCAGAAGGAGGCUCUACAGAGAUGACAGCAGUGGAGAUGAAUUAUACACAACUCCCCCUGCAUUUAAGAUUAAGAAAUCAGAACGGAGGAAGGUCAAAACCUCAUCACCUUUUAGUAGCAAUAGAGAUUACAAUUUGAAUCUGAAUAAGAAGUUUGAAUUGAAAAAGUCUGACAGGAAAGGUACAGAGUUUAGAGAAUUCCAACAACACAGAGGAGACUGGAAGGCUCCACCAAAAUUUGAACUGAAAGAUAAUCAGAGAGAAGAUAUGAAGUUCUGGAAGGCACCACAAAAGAAAGACCAGGGCAACAAGAAAAGAAGCAGAUCAAGAAAGACAGAACAUGUUUCCCCAGACUCUGGACUUGACAGUGAAAAGUUGGCAGUAAGAGCAGCAAACAAUCCAGACAACACAUUUGACCUUGACACUAAAAGACAGCCUCGCUCUGAUGACAAAGAUAUAGAAAAAUUUACAAGAAGAAACAGAGAAAAAAAUCAAAAUGAAGCCAGAUAUAUUAGACCAGAAAAUAUGACCUUCAGGAAAGACAUUGCUGAUGACAAUGGUCAAGACAUGAGACAAUCUCAUGGGUCACAUGAGACACAAUCUCAUGUGGUACAAUCAAUGUCAGGAGCCAUCUCGCCCAUCAUCUAUGAGACAACAGCCCACCCAUGGAUCAACUCAGGUGAUAAGGAUUGUGAAUACCAAAAGAAUAAUUAUCAUCACCAUGGAAACAGGAAGUCAAGGAAACAGAUCAAUGUCCAGUUACCAGAUGCUAGCAUGGAAGAAGAAUUAGGAGAGAGUUCUGAUGUUUCUCCGACAUCUGAAUCUGACCUUGAACUUGAUUUUGAUGAUGUCAUAAUUGAAGCAGAUAUUGAUAAUUCUAAUAUGCAAAAUGUUGAAGACAAGAGAAAUCACUUAAUAAAAAGAACAGAGGAAGAUGAGAAAAUAGAUGAUUUUGAUGAUGAAAAAUUAGAAAAAUCAUUGGAAAUGAAAAAUGAAAAUUUAGAUGGUAUUUCUGAACGACAGGAUAGAAGAAAGAGAAGAGGAAGGAAGGAAGACAGAAAUGAGUUAGAUGAAAUGAAAGAUGAAAAUUAUGAUGUAUCAGUUGACAGAAAGGAAAGAAGGAAACACAGAAGAAGAAGACACAUCAGUGGAGAAAGUUUGAUGGAUGCUGACAUUGAACGGACGGAUUAUAAAGAUGGUUCAGAAGAUAGGAAAGUAAGAAGACAUCGCAGAAGGAGGAAAAAUAUAGAGAAUGAAGAAAAUGAUGCUUCUCCAGAAUUGAUGGCAAGACAGGCACACAGAAAAGGAAGGAAUGAGUCAAAGGAUGAAAAAAGUCUGAAAGAUGAAAAUGGUGAUGCUUCAAUGGAAAGGAAAGUCAGAAGAAAGCAUAGAAGAAGAAAGAAUGAUAAAGAUAUUAGAGGAAAUACCAAUGCUGAAGAUGAAAUAGGUAUGAAAGAGCAAAGAAGAAGAAAGACAAAUGAUAACAGAGAUGUUGAUGAUGAAAAUAAAGACUAUAUUCAUCAUCAUAGGCAUGAUGAUGAACAAAAAGCCAGACGAAGAAGACAAGGAAUAAGAGUUGAUGAAGAAAUAGUUGGGGGAAAUUCAGAUAAUGUAGAGAUUGAUAAAAGAAAAGAACCGAGGCACAAUAAACAUCAGAGGGAAAGACAAAGAAGAGAUGAAAUUGUAGGGGAUAAUCAUAUUGAAGACAACAUCAAAAGUAGAAUAUCUGAAUUAAAUGACAAUAAAAUGAAGGAUAGAUUGACAUUAUAUGGAAAUUCAGACAAUGAGUCCCGUAGACUGAACACAAGUGUAGAGAGGGCACUGUUGGCAUAUAUGUACAGUGAUUCUGAGACUGGAGCAGAAGAUCAGUUAUAUGAAGAUGAAAAUCAGAUAAAAGAUGAAGAUGAAGAGGGUAAUCAAAUAGAUAAAAAGAGAAAUUUUACCAUAGAUGAUGGUGAAGAGGCGUUAAUGGCCAAUAAUUUCAAUAAAAAUAAAUCUGAUGUUGAUGCAUUGAAAGACCAAGAAAAUAGAGGGGCUUUAAAAGACACUAGCGAUCUAGAUGUUUUAAAGCAUACAAAUGACCUUGAUGAAAUUUCUGCACAUGACACUUUUGAAAAAUUUAGAUCAAUGGAUGAAAAUAAGGAUGUCAACAAUGAGGAUUACAAGUGGACAGAAAUAAACAUGGAGGAUGAAGAAAGUAUGAAACCAAGAACUCAGUUACAAGGAAGAAAGCAUGACAAAUUUAAAAGAACAAAGAGAAACCAGAAAAAUAAAGGAAAUGACAACAACGCUGAUAUUCUAGAUAAAGUUGAUGUUUCAUACAACACUGAUCAAGGUGAUAAAAAUUUGAAAGAUGCAGAUGAAAAUUUGGCAGACGACACAGAAGAAUCUGACACAGAAAUUUUAAAAAUAGAAUCUUAUAAUUAUCAGAAUUUGAGGGAAAAGGAUGAAAAGGAAUUGUACAAAAAACAUGAAAGAAAGAAAAAAUCAAAAAUUGCUUCAAAACAGAAAGAAAGACAGGUCACCAAAAAGAAAAAGACAAAAGAAAACAAUGAAGAAGUAGAUUUCAAUAACUUGCCAAGCAUCCAUGACACACUGAGCAAAUUAUUACCGAAGAAUAAGUUGAUUCUUUUAGAAGGAUUAAAAUCAAUUGAUGAAGAAAUUAAAGGAAAUAACCAUCAUGAAAAAAAUAACAACAAGCAACUUGGAUCUGAAAAUGACCAUAGAAUUUUGUCAACAAACUCAGAAUCUCUUGAUAGACCUAAAUCAGCUUCACCAGAACGUUUGGGCAUUGCAUUCCCGUCCAUGUUGAGGAGGACCUCUUCUUUGCCAAGCAUUGCUGAUUUUGUUAACCAAAAAAUACCUGAUUUUGAAUACCAAGAAUUUGACUUUCCUCAGAAGCAGACAACUAAAACCUGUCCUACUUGUGGUGACCCCACACCUGAAGUUAACCAUGUCUGCCUACCAAAGUUUAAAAACAGAUUCAGGCCAAAGAAAACUAAAGAUCCUAAUAAAAAGGUACGUCAUGGAGGCAUUGGAGUCAGACAAGGGAAGAAUAAUAAUACAGACGACUCAGACACCAUAUCUGAAAUGACUGUUACGACUGUUAACACACAGUCAGAAGUCCAAGCAGGUUCUCAAUUUCAGUACGUUUCUAGAUGGCCAUCUUCUCAAGCUGUAUUGAGAGGUUCAAAAGAUACAAAUAAAGAACCUGCAAAAGAAAUGGAUGGUGCUGAGAGAGUAUUGACACCAGCCUCACAGAAAAUAUCUACACCACCAGACUCACCACAGCUAGCGAUGACCCCACAACCAUUUAGAUUCCCUACACCAGAGUUUACUGUCGGAAAGUCCGGUCCAUCUCGGCCAAUCCGGACACCUUCUCCCGUUGUAGAAAAACCAAAGAGAGUUAUACAGAAAAAACAGUUCGUCAAGAAAGAAAUUGAACGGAAACCACCAACACCAAUAGCAAGGAGCUGUACCCCACAGACCCCCCUACCUCAGGUGAAGGAACAGGAGACAGCCAUAGUGACCCCAGAGCCAGAGGAUACCACACCCAUCAAACUACCUGAACUGGUACGACUAGACACACCACCCCUACCAGAAAUCACAGAACAGAAAAGGGAGAGAGCUGCUAAAGAUGACAGACGGACAGCUAUUUUACCUGUACCUAAACUUAAAGAGGCACUUAAGUCACCAACACAGAGGAAGAAGAAAGUCAACAUGCCAAGGUCAACACACAAGAGAAGUAGAAGUAAGCAGGCUGCAGAGGCCCCUGUUACUAAGGAAGAAGUGAGAGAAAUGAGAGAUCCACUGGAUUUCCUUGCUAAAUACUGUAUUGUCAGUAAGGAUAGACUACCAUUCUAUGAAAGAAUUUACAAGAAUAUAAUAGAGGGUCAGCCAAUGAGGUAUGAUAGAGAGCCCAUCUUGUCACCCCGUACUGGAAUGCCGAUCGACAAAAAUGAUGGAAAUAGCCAUGGCAUGGGAUGGGACGAACACCAACUUAAUAUGUUCCAUGACAUUGUCACGAUUAGUAGAGGUCGUGAUGUGGCAAGACCUGGUGUUGGUGUAUCAGAGCAAUACUUAGAGAAGAUCUCUUACACCCUGGAGAUGCUGGACAAGAAACAACGACAGAUCACUGACGAUCUACAUGUACUUCAAAGUAAGAUCUUAUUAUAAUUAGGGGUGGGGUGUUGGUGUAUCAGAGCAAUACUUAGAGAAGAUCUCUUAUACCCUGGAGAUGCUGGACAAGAAACAACGACAGAUCACUGACGAUCUACAUGUACUUCAAAGUAAGUUCUCAUUAUAAUUAGGGGUAGGGUGGAGGGGUAUCAGAGCAAUACUUAGAGAAGAUCUCUUAUACCCUGGAGAUGCUGGACAAGAAACAACGACAGAUCACUGACGAUCUACAUGUACUUCAAAGUAAGAUCUCAUUAUAAUUAGGGGUGGGGUGGAGGGGUAUCAGAGCAAUACUUAGAGAAGAUCUCUUAUACCCUGGAAAUGCUGGACAAGAAACAACGACAGAUCACUGAUGAUCUACAUGUACUGCAAAGUAAGAUCUUAUUAUCAUAGGGGGUGGUGAUGGUGUCUGCU